AUGAACUUUGUUGGGAAUCCACAAGGGAUUAAUCCAAAUCGAGCGACAAGUGUUGAAGACUACAAGAAAGCUUUCGAUUUCUUCGAUGCCAACAAUGAUGGCUAUAUCACAGCCGACGAAUUGGAGGCAGCGAUGAACAAAUGUGGACAAUAUCCAAGCAAACUGGAGUUGCGAUUGAUCAUGCAUCAUGGGGACAAUGAUAAAAACGGAGUGAUCACUUUCGACGAAUUCGCGCACUUGAUGAGCGGCUCGACUACACGAAACAAGUACACCUAUGCUCAAUUGCAAGAACAAUUUCAAAUGUUUGAUAAGGACAAAGACGGGUACAUCGAGAAGCAAGAGAUGAUCGAGAUCGUUCGCGAGUUGGCGCUGAGCUCAUCAUUUCCGCGAAACGUCAUUGAGCAAAUGUUCAAAGAAGCGGAUGUUGAUGGGGAUGGGAAAAUUUCAUUUGAAGAGUUCGUCCUUGCUGUCAAC